AUGUCAAUGUUCCGCUUUUGGGCAUCCGACUCGAGAGGAAGCGGCGAAACCGUAGAUGGACACCGCCAGCUUCUUGAUUGUGGCGACUCUAUUGCGCACGGCGAUUCAGGACUUACCACCCCUAUCUCCCCUAAGAGACGGCGCCCAAGCUUUGCCAACAGGGUCGUCUGCGCUUAUCCACCGGCCAAGCGCGUCAAGACGGAGCAGGAUGGUGACUUGCCCUCCCCUGUUUCGGCAUCGGCCGAGGGUGACGACCCAGGCGCGUUGUACGAGUCGAGCAUGCCGCCCGACCUCGAUGCGGCGAAGGAAGCCAUUCAGAUGCAGUUUGGACUCGAGAUACUCCUGAAACAUGAUGAACUCCGGCUCAUCAACCAGGAAAUAGCCAAGUGCCAGGUUGCGCUUGAGCAACUGAGGCGUUGUCACCUCAUCCCGUACCCCCUCCAGUGCCCCACGCCCAGCCAGAUGGUGCAAAUCAGCAACGGCAACGGACCGGCCUUGGGGUCAACAAAGCGUGGCGAGCCCGUGCCGAAAUGGGCGCCGCCCUUCGGUGUCGUUGAAGGGCCGUACGCGCGUCAUUAUGCUAAGUGGCUGAUUCCUGAUCCCGUGUUUGAUGGUGUCCAGUGUGAGCCCCAAGGAUUGAUGGAUCCGGGGCGUGCGAAACACACCGCGGAAGGUAGGACGACGAGAAGCAGCGUGUCGGAUGCUGUAGGGCCUGGUAAACAGCGGCCGGUCCGCGGCACCGCAGGCCAGAGGUUACAGGCGCUAUCCAGUGGAUACCCGCAACCGAAGGACAAGAGCACGCCCUGCACCAUCACGAAAGCCGAUGGCGUCGUAGUCAAGCUCAUCUGCAUCGACUGCCGGAGAUGGGACUUUAAUAGCACCCAAGGUUUCAUCAACCACUGCCGCAUUGCGCAUCACAGAGAUUUCAAAAGCCACGAGGAGGCCGCAAUCGCCUCGGGCCAUCCUGUCGAGGUUGACGAACGGGGCGCCAUCGUUGGUGAUGACCACAAGCCUCCUGCUCCCGUGCCCUCCGGGCUAGUGCAUCCCCUAGCGGGCUCCGAGUCGACACCGGAGCCCCAAGCAUACACUGCUCUUCUCACUCGUAUCAAGGCGUCCGUUGCACUUUACAAGGCAGGGAACCUGCCGGGCGUGAACAGCAUACCUGGGCUUUCAAGCUUGCCCCGCGAUUCGACUGGCGCGUCUUCGCAAAACCUUGUCGGGUCUUCGGACGCUCCAUAUCUGUCGCGACUGAUGCAGAAGAAGAAGAUGGGAGGAAACCUGAAGCAGCAGGUGAUGGAAGCGAAGACCAAGCUGGAUUGGAACUGGCCUUCAGUUGAUGUGGAUUCGGAAACGGACGAGGCACCCGCAACCGAGGGCAGCGUGGCCCGAGACCAACCCUUGGCUUCGGUCGUACGCACGCCUGCUGUGAUGAGGAUGCCUUCUAGGGCUGCUGUGUCGCCCUCUCACCCGCCAGCUGCAUAUCGCGCCGCUAGCAACAAGGGUCUCCGCACGAAAACCCAUGGCACCGAUCCCGAGUCCCCUAAUAUCCCAGAAACCCCGAUGUACGAUGAAGAGAUGGGUGUGGAUCUUAGUCCAAACACCGUGAUUAGCAACCAUGCGCCAUCUUUGGUUAGUGACGACGGGGAGUAUGACGACUCCGAUGAUGGUUCGGCUUCGGAGACGAGUGACGCUAUGGAGACGGAAUCUGUUUCUGACGUCGCCGAGAUCAACAUCAACGACGAUGGUGACGCCCGGGAAGCCUCGCCCCCGCCUGUUUCUCGCCGUCGUGGAUCUACCAGCAAGGCGGCUAAGCUGAAGAAAGAUGAGACCAGGCACGUUACUUUUGUGCGCCCAACCCCCGUGCCGAAGAACAACAACAAGGGCAAACGCAAGAAGAUUUAA